GGGAGCAGGGCGGACGCAUUUUCCUGCGCUCCUCUCUCGCCCUCCCUCACUCACUUGGUAAACAAGAUGUGAGGCGCUUGCCGGGCGCCCUUCACGUCUUUACACUGUAUAUUUGAGUCAGCUCGCUGCUUCCAUCUGUGAUCUCAACUGUGAUAAUGCCGAAAGGUUUCCUGGUGAAAAGAAGAGAAGACAUGAGUGCUUUGGACUUGGUGCCAUACCGGCCUUGGAGAAGUGCCAUCAUGCACGACGAGCAAGAGGAACCGGUGGACUUCAGCCUCCGGCGUCGGCAUUCCAGCAGUGGGAGCAGAGAGUCGCUGCCAGCCAGAGAGGAACAGGUGCGUGUGGAGAGCUAUGUGGAAGAGGUGAAGGAAGUGGUGCACGUGCGGGGUGUGGAUAAGGGGAGUCGCCUGCUCGUCAGAACGCCGGACUCUGGCUUCAGCAGUCCCUCUGACAGCGACUUCUACAGGAGGUCGGUGUAUCAGGCGGCGACGCCACGCCUGCCUCCCAAGCUUCACGCGGACGUCCUCGCGACGCCGUGCGAGAUUGAGCAGACGUCGCCCUUGGCACUCGUCAAAAGGAAGCUUCCCGAUGCCGACGUAACGAGUGCAUUGCAUGUGUCGACGCUGCAUGGCGGUCACGAGGUCAGCCACUACCACGGCUUCCAGGCGACGAGUCCGCGCGUGGAGGAGGCCAGGUAUCUGAUCCCGCCCGAGACGAGUCCGUACCACCUGUUGUCCCCCACCGUGUACUGGCCGCAUGGCUCGUCGCCGCUCAGGUCACCCAUCCCCUUCACCUCGCCGCUGGGACGACCUCCGUACGACCUCAGUCACACCGCUGUGCCGCUGAGGAGCCCCCAGGACGGCCUCAACCUCACCACCACCUCCACACCCCGUCCUCCCGGCUCCCCCCGCCACAUCACGCCGCUGAAAGUCCCCAGCAAGUCGCCGGCCGGGCUGGGAGGGGUGCCCACGCCCCACAAGCGCAAGUCCCCGACCGCCUCCGGCACGCCCGAGAAGAAGAUGAAAACCUCCAAGAAAACCAAGGCGGCGCGGAGACUCAACUUCGACGAGGACAAAACGUCUCCGGUGUCCGGCACGAUCAUCCGCGAGCUGGCGGAGGGAGAGGAGCCCCUGGUCGUGAGGAAGGGGGACAUCGACCCCGCCUACAACGUGGUUGAGAUCACAGAGGAGGCCAAAGCCGAGCUGGCCAAGAUAGACAAUAAGAUCGGCGAUUAUGUGUGUCGCCUGUGCAAGGAGAUGUACGACGACGCCUUCGGGCUGGCGCAACACAGAUGCUCAAGAAUCAUCCACGUGGAGUACCGCUGCCCCGAGUGCGACAAGGUCUUCAACUGCCCCGCCAACCUUGCCUCGCACCGACGCUGGCACAAGCCCAAGACAACGACCUCCGUAGGCGUCCCCACCCCCGGCACCUCCACCUCCGUCACGUCGUCACCCAAGAUAUCUUCCGAGGGCGACGUAGGGCCGAAUAAACAUUACAUUGAGCUCGUGAAAGGCCCGCCCGCCCUCGUCCCUCUGGCGCACUUCACGGCCGCGGAGAGGGAGGAGGAGGCCUCCGAGGAACAGUUCGAGUGUGAGCUGUGCUUCAAGAAGUUUAAGCGGCAGUCCUACCUACGGAAGCAUCUGGCGACGCAUCGAGGAGAUCAUGGAGAAGAGAAUGUCAGUGCCGGGCCGUCAUCCAGCGCUGCCCCUUUGCCCUCUCACCCUUCCUUAUCUUCCCAGCCGCCCGCCCUCCCGCCCUUGCUCUCCCCGCCCUUCCCGAGCGAGGUCCUCCCCUGUCAUCUUUGUGCAGCAGCAUUCUACACCCCUGCGGCUCUCGAGCUUCACCUACAAGCUGCUCACGCCCCCAAAGUGGAGCCGGUCGAACCCACACCCCUGCACAUCCCACGCCCCCAGUUUUCUCCACGGGGACACCUCCUAACACAAGCACCUCCUCCGCCCCCUCCGCCGCACCUCAUACAUCGCCCCCACCAGAUCUCGGCGCCGACCUAACUCCCCAUGCAUAACUUCCCCCCAUCCUUUGGAAGGCGGCGCCCUUCCCUUCCGCCCCCUCCCUCACUCCAGCGGUUUCCUCCGGUGUUACACGAGUUCCAGAGGGUGUCCUUGUGAUGCCCUUUUCUCCGAGGGCACCACGGAGGCCGCUUCCUGACGCAGACACGUCUCACCAGCGGCGGCGUCUACGAGCUUCUUCCCGGUCUCAGCGGUGGCGCUCCAGCAGGCGACGACAGCUCAUCUCCGCCUCCUCCUCCAGCAGGUCCACCUCCAGCAGGUUAGAUUAAUUCGAGUCCAGGCUGCUCAUGCUAUUUGGUCUCGGCUCCCACUUACCCACGCACCAGUCAGUGUCUUUGUCAUUCAUUCUUAGGAUAUCUAUUUCUUAAGACAACUGGGAGAGUAUCCAUUAGCAAUGUAAGCGUGUACAUUUAUUUAUGAUUGCUUGUCUUUAUUUAUUGUCAGUUGUGUUAUGUCUUUUUUUCUGCGUCGUUUUGCCAUACGGCCAGAAAACUUAAAGACGCCGCGUGCACUGUAGUCGUUAGCAUAAGUUAUGUGAAGUUACUCACAAGAUCACUUUGAUUUUAAUUCUAUGCUUAUUAAUAAUUCUAGUCGCGUGAUCUCAUUACAUAAGCAAAGUCACCAUUCCAAAAGUAGUUUUACUUAGUAAAUAAGGACUUUUUAACAUUUAGGGCUCCGUCUCCCAGUUCAGCUUAAGAUUACUUCAUAAAUUAAUGAUAAUCAACAAGAAAGUACCUGAUUAUACCAGAGCGACCACACGACUGUAUUCUUGCAGUGGAUUUCAGGCUACCAAAAACAAAAUAACAAAAAAAUGUAAAAGAUACUCAGAUUAAGGUACUGCAAACAAAAAAAUAACUUUUAGUCCAAUGGAUGUUUUAACAAGGCAGAACCCAACAUCCUUUGCAUGUGUAACUGAUCUCAUUUUGUGGUUAAUGAACUGAGUUUUUUUUGUAUUAUGUCUUUGUCAUGGUUCCUUGAGGCCGGGUGAGUGACGCCAAGAAUAGGGGAAGGGGAGGCAAAGAAGCGGAACGAUUUAAGGAU